CCCGCGGCAGCCACCGCACCCCCAGCUCCAGCGGCACGGUCCCUGCCGGCCCAUGAAGUGAGUCAGGGGGGUGGCACAGCCCCUGCCCCCGCUCCUGCCGUAGCCACCGCACCGGGCACUGAGGUCUGCUGGCCAUGGGCAACCUGAUAAAGGUAUUGGGCAAAGAUUUAGAAAACUGUCCUCAUUUUUUCCUGGAUUUUGAAAAUGCGCAGCCGACGGAGGCAGAGACCGCGGUGUGGAACCAGGUGAACGCGGUGCUGGAGGAGGCACAGGCGGUCCUGGCCGAGCUGCAGUCCUACACGGGGGCCGGACAGGAGAUCCGAGAGGCCAUCCAAAACCCCGGGGACCUGCGGCUGCAGGAGAGAGCCUGGAGCGCUGUCUGCCCCCUCGUCGCCAAGCUGAAGCGCUUCUAUGAGUUCUCCCUGCGGCUGGAGAACGCCCUGAGGAGCCUGCUGGAGGCCCUCACCAGCCCCCCGUACGCCCCGACCCAGCACCUCGAGAGGGAACAAGCCUUGGCCAAGCAGUUUGCUGAGAUCCUGCACUUCACCCUCAGCUUCGAUGAGCUCAAGAUGACCAACCCUGCCAUCCAGAACGACUUCAGCUACUACAGAAGGACCAUCAGCCGAAACCGCAUCAACAACCUGCAGCUGGAUGCAGAGAGUGAGGUGAACAAUGAGAUGGCCAACAGGAUGUCCCUCUUCUAUGCUGAGGCCACCCCCAUGCUCAAAACUCUCAGCAAUGCCACCACCAAGUUUGUUUCAGAGAACAAGACCCUCCCCAUUGAGGACACAACUGACUGCCUGAGCACCAUGGCCUGUGUCUGCAGGGUGAUGCUGGAGACCCCCGAGUACCGGAGCCGCUUCACCAACACCGAGACCCUCCUCUUCUGCAUGAGGGUGAUGGUUGGAGUCAUCAUCCUCUACGACCACGUCCACCCCGUGGGGGCCUUCGCAAAGACCUCCAAGAUUGAUAUGAAAGGCUGCAUCAAAGUCUUGAAAGAUCAACCCUCAACCAGCACUGAAGGGCUCCUGAAUGCUCUGAGGUACACCACCCGGCACCUCAACGAUGACACCACGUCCAAACAGAUCCGGGCCCUCCUGCAGUGAGCACAGGGCAGCCACCACAAUGUCACCGUGUCACCUACACCCAUCACCACACUGCUCAUUUUGUACAGAAAAGGGAAAAGGGACAACACGAAAUACACAGAAAUAAAAAAUGAAAAUGGCCCAAGGGGUGCUGGACAGGAUGGACCUGGGCAGGGAUGUGCUGAGGGGACCAGCAGCAGCGAGUGCCCGUGGCAUGGGGACACCUUGGGGAGGGGGGAAGGGGCAGGUGGCACCUCCCUGUCCCCAGCCUCAUCCCUGAGCACCUGGCUGUGGAGGAGGAGGAAUCAACAUCCCUGCAGAUCUGCACAGACUGGUGGAAACGGCUCCGUCUCACCUGGUGGAUUUUUAAUAUGAGCAAGUAAAUCUCCACUCACCUCUUCUUUUCUACAUUUUUUGGGGGAUGUGAAAUAAAAUGACAUUUA